GUGAGCUCCUUCCGUUUCCGUGUCAGGGGAAGGAGCAGUGGUGUGAUUUCAAGGGACUCUCUUACUUGACAAAAAUGCAGGACCCAAAUGAAGACACAGAGUGGAACGAUAUCCUGAGGAAGAAAGGCAUCCUCCCUCCAAAAGAGAUUCCUAAAGAUGAUGAAGAGGAGGAGGCGGCGGCCCUUCAGCAGCAGUCUGUUGUCAAAACCUAUGAGAGCAUGACACUGGAUGAACUUGAGGAGAACGAGGAUGAGUUUGGGGAAGAUGAUGAGGCUGCCAUCGAGAUGUACAAACAGAAGCGCCUUGCAGAGUGGAAGGCGGCUCAGAUGAAGAACGUGUUCGGCGAACUGGGUGAAAUCUCUGGACAGGAUUAUGUGAAAGAGGUCAACAAGGCAGGAGAUGGAAUCUGGGUGGUGCUGCACCUCUACAAGCAGGGCAUCCCUCUCUGUACCCUCAUCAACCAGCAUCUGAGUGUCCUGGCCAAGAAAUUCCCUCAGACCAAGUUCCUUAAGUCCAUCUCCACCACCUGCAUCCCCAACUACCCCGACCGCAACCUGCCAACCAUCUUCGUUUACUUUGAGGGAGAGAUGAAGGCGCAGUUCAUCGGCCCGCUGGUGUUUGGAGGCAUGAACCUCAAAGCUGAAGAGCUGGAGUGGAGGUUAUCAGAAUCCGGGGCAGUGAAGACCGACCUGGAAGAAAACCCCAGGAAAAACAUCGAAGACAAGUUAAUGUCGUCGAUCAGGAGUUCGCUUCCCACGCGGAAGGACAGCGACUCUGAGGAUGAGGACUAUUAGAGGACAAGAUCUUUUCAUGGAGGAAACAGUCAAAACAUGAAAGAACUGAGCUGGGGCAGCGCAUCACCCUCAUAUAUCAUCCAGUUCUUAUGUCUGCAGAGCUUAGUCCUGCUCAAAGGCACAUUGGCAGGCCACUGGAGAGAUUUAACCCAAGGUUAAAACAGUUUAAGAAGGAAAAAUGGAAUAACAGCUUUUUUAUUUUAUUUCAAACUUUGAUUCAAUUUAAGCAAUAGCCUUACAGAACCGUAAAGGUUGAUCUUUUUUUAUUACAUUAUAAAUAUGUCACAAAAUGUACAUAAACAUUUUAUAUUCCUUUAAUUCAAUGCAGGUUCAAUCCCUCUACCACUUUAGUCGGUUGCCAAAAUUCUCUUUUUGAAAUAAAAAGUCACUGCUGAUCAUGAGA